AUGCUGGGUGUUCGAUGCCACUCGGGUUGGAGCUGCUGGGACUUUACCACAGUGCUGGCAAUGUUAGAGACUCUUGCAGAACAGCCAGGACAGCAGGCGCGACGCUUUUUCUUGAAGAGCGUGGGCGAUGACAGUGUCGCUAGGGCCCUCGAAAGCCGUCUCCUGAUACCCGAGCCCGAUGAAGAUAAGGUAAUUCUCGGGGUUGACGAUGAUCUGCGAAUUCUUGAAUGGUUUGAAGCGAACCUCAUUCCGGCUCAGAGCCCUUCUCCCGGAGCUGUCAUUGUUCCGGAAACGGUGGAGGAAUACGAGCAGCGAAGUGUCCCCUGUUUUGCGGACGUUUGCGAAUGGCUGAUUCCUCGGUUCUGGUCCGACCCGACGAAUUCGGAACACGCGCGUGCAGUGGUUGCUCGUUUAAGAGAAGCGUACAGCAGCACGAGUGUCUUGCCUAAACCUUGGUUACUAGAUGAACAUCAGUCUUUCGCCUCUUGGGUGCCAAGCAGCAUUUUCGCGGACGGCUUUGGCCUAAGGUCAGCUGUCGCCGUGGCCUAUUGGGCUUACUACUUGGACAAGAGAGCUGCUAUGUCACCGGCGUUACGAUUGCGGUAUCUCGCCGUACUUAGUCGCUGGUAUCCGGCACAAGCUUGGGUGCACGCGUGGGAAGAUACGAACGAGUGCUGGCCGUCUACAAGAGACCCAAGCCGCGUAAAACUGUUGAGGGAUCUCAGUAAGACCAUAGCAUAUUCCUUUGACUACUAUCAGACGCGUGCAUAUGGAUCCUUUGCGCAAAGUGUCAUGGCUCGGCGGAUGGUUUGGGAUAUGCAAACGGUCGCUUGCCACCUCGUAGAUGAAGAGGGGAUGUCGCGGGAGACUCGCCUGAGAAAUCGGACUAACAAGAUUGUGCGCGAGGUGGCUGGGCUUCGUUACGAACGCUACCUCCGGGUAUAUCGUGAGCGCCGAGACCGUGUGGUUUCCGCUUAUUUCUCAAAAUUAUUGUCUUGGCAAGCGCCUCCGGAAGAUGAAGCUGGCUUCCCAGUGGGUGAAGAUUACGAGUUCGCUCAACAGCCUAGCUUCCGUCGGUGGGUGAGGGUG